AUGUGGGGAAGUAAUGGGUGUGAGCAUGUUUAUUUACCAUUGGAGGGAAGAUCGGGGGGAGUUUUACUUAUGUGGAAUUCAUCAGUAGUUGUAAUGGAAGAAAGUUUAUUGGGGGAAUUCUUAGUAACUCUAAUAUUUCGUAACACUAGUGAUGGUUUCACCUGGAUUUUCACCUCUGUCUAUGGGGCAACUGAUCCUGCAGAUUAUGAACAAUUCUGGCAAGAAAUCCAAGAUGUUAGAUUGUUAAUGUCAGGGCCAUGGAUGUUGGGAGGGGACUGGAAUGCACCUUUAUUUGCCUCUGAAAGAAGUUCAAUAGGGGGUUGUAAUAGAAACAGAAGAAACUUCAGGAAAUUUGUAAACAAAAAUAGUCUAGUAGAUAUUCCAAUGUCUGGUGGAAGUUUUACCUGGACUAACUCACAAAAUCCUCCUAUUUUGUUAAGGCUUGAUAGAUUUAUCUUUACAACUGAUUGGGAAGAGAAGUGUAUUGGUGUGGUGCAGUUUAGAUGUAGGAGACCUAUUUCAGAUCAUGCACCAGUUCUCCUUAAUUGCAAUGAAAACUUAACUUUUAGUAGUAGACCUAGUUAUAUUUUUGCAAAGAAAUUGCAAGGUUUGAAAUUUUUCAUCAAAAAAUGGGGAAGAGAGACUUAUGGUUCAUUACAAGCUGAAGUGGACAAGUUAGAGAUGCUGAUUGAUGUUUAUGAUUCUUUGGAAGAGAUUGGUGGUUCUUUGAAUGAAGGGGAUUAUGCAGCCAGGGAGUCAACAAAAAUAAAGCAUAAUCAAGCCUCUUUGAACUUAACAAAGAAAUGGUUUUCAAGAUCUAAAGGACUUUGGCUAGCAGAUGGAGAAACGAAUUCCAGGUUUUUUCAUAAGAAUUCUUAUUACAAUCAUAAGAUAAAUUCUAUAAAUUCUUUAAUUGUGGAUGGGGUUAUGAGUCAUGACAAGGACAUAAUUAAUGAGGAAGCAAAAAGAUUUUAUGAAGAAGGAUUUACUGAAAAGGUGUAUGGCAGGCCUACUUUUGAAGGGAUGGAAUUACCAAAAAUUAGUGUGGAGCAGAGUAUUGGGAUGGAGAAACCAAUUGAGGAGGAUGAGGUGAAGAAAGUGAUUUGGGGUUUUGGGAGAAACAAGUCACCUGGACCUGAUGGUUAUAAAAUGGAGUUUUUCAAAGAUGUGUGGGAUAUUAUUAAACCAGAGUUAAUGGCUGUUAUGAAGGAGUUUCAACAAACUGGUUAUAUUGAUUGGAGACUCAAUUACACAAAUAUUAUUCUUAUACCUAAGUGUGAGGGAGCUUCUUCUAUGGAGUUUCAGGGUGCAUUUGAGGAUGGUAGGAAGAUAACAGAUGGCAUUUUAAUUGCUUCAGAGCUUAUAGAUUCAAGAGAAAGGGAAGGAAAACCUGGUUUGAUUUGA